UCUCUGUUCAAGGCUUAUCCCUUUAUCUGCACAAAAGGGAUCUGUUUAUCCAAGUAGAAAGAUCUGUCUGAGUUGUGGAUUUAUUAUUUGGGACUCAUCUGCAGGCAUGUUCUGCAUGUUUGGUUAUGCGCUUAUCUGAAUUAGGGAUGUAAAAUGUUUUUUUUUCUUAUUUCUUUUGCCCCACUAAAUAGUUAAAUAUGGAAAUUUCCAACUGACGGAUAAUCGUUCCGGAAGAAAUGAUAUUGUUUCUGACCGUUUUCCUCCCUUUCUGUACCUGAUGUUGUUUAUCCAUGUUCCUUGUGCAUGCCCAUUGUACUGUAUUCAUACCGCUCUCAUGCUUACAAUCUGAAAUGAGUGUUUGGGAGGUGAAGGUGACCAUGUACAUUCUGAUGAACUUCAUAAUUUUUCUGAUUAUAAGGACAGAAUUUGUGUAGUUUCACUUCAUAGUUAUUCUGUUUAAGAACUGGGAAUUUGUGUGGUUUCACUUUGUUUACAUUACAAGCAUGUACAGAGACACUGAAGGGGUGCUACCAACAAGCCACUGCCUUGAUUUCUUAAUAGCAAAUUAUUUAUUCUCAUACUAUUCACUUACAUGACCAAACCACUUGCUACUUACCACACCUUAAUCCGCUUGUCCUAUCCCAUCUACGCUAUGUUUCACUUUGCCUCGCUCUCCUACCUCUUCUCCAACCUCUCUUGCAUUUCAUGCGCUCCACCACAUGGACACCGACGACGCCGCGAAGUCUCCCUCGCCGCGCCUCCGCGUCGCGCUCCUCGCCUGCGGCAUUGCGUCCGCCGCCGUCGCCGCCGCCGUCCUGCUCGCCGUGACGCUCACCGUCUUCCGCGUCCGCGAGCCCGUCAUGACGAUGAACGCCAUCUCCGUCAAGGGCUUCGGCGGCGCGGCGCCGGGAGGAGGAGGAGGGUCGUCGCCGCUGUGGAUGACCGUGGUGGCGGACGUGUCGGUGAGGAACCCGAACGCGGCGUCGCUGCGGUACGCGGGGAGCAAGACGGCGGUGUACUACCGCGCGGCGAGGGUGGGCGGCGCGUCGGGCCCUCCAGGAACGGCGCGCGCCAGGCGCACGGUGCGGCUGAACGUGACGGUUAGCGUCGCCGUCGGGGCGCUCCUGGGGGACCCGGGGUUCCUCGGCGACGUCGCGGCGGGCGCCGUCGCGGUGACCACGGCCACGACGGUGCGCGGGCGCGUGGCGGUGCUCGGCGGCGUGGUGCGCCGGCGCGUGGUGCUGGAGAUGAACUGCACGGCGACCGUCGCCGUCGCCGACAUGUCCAUCCGCAACCAGAGCUGCCUGCAGAGAGUGUGGUUGUGAUGCCGUGCACUAGUUGAUAGUACUCCGUACGUGAUAGCCACAUUGGCAUGAACUCCACCGGCCGAUUGUUUGAUGAAUUCGUACGUCGCGGUAAUAAGACCUUGUUUAGAUUUAAA